AUUUCACCAUGGAUUUUGCUGUUUGCUGGAGAUUGUGUGCAGCGCUGUUUUAUCCCCUCUUUUUUGGUGUAGGUGUUCUGAGCGAUGUUCUCUGCAAAGACGAGAAUUUGGGCAUUGACGGAGGUAAUUAUACUUUUACCAAGGAGCUGAAGUAUGGAAGUAUGCUGAUAUAUCACUGUCCAGAGGGGUACUAUCCCUAUCCUGCAUUAACUCGCUCGUGCCACAAGAACGGCGCUUGGGUUCCACAUCCACGCAGGCCUUUUCAAAAAUGCAAGAUGAUUGAAUGCCCCAAUCCCUUGGUUUUGGAAAAUGGUUUGGUUUUACCAGUACAGAGACAAUAUUUUGUCAACAAUGAAACCACCUAUGAGUGCUAUUCUGGAUACACGCUGCGUGGCUCCUCCUCUCGUACAUGCCAAACCAAUGGGAAGUGGAGUGGGGCCACGCCCAUAUGCAGCAGUGGCAUAAGCGAGGGAGAUCAUUGUGCUGACCCUGGGACCCCAGCAGGUGCUAGGAGGACUGGAGAUUUUUUUGGCAUCAGCGACAAAGUGACAUAUCGCUGUGACAGCGGCUUAUAUUUGGUGGGGUCGAAAGAGCGUGAAUGUCAAGAAAGUGGUAUAUGGACUGGAACUGAGCCUAAAUGUUACUAUAAACACACAUAUGACACUGAGCAAGAGAUUGCAGAGGUCUUCAGCAGCACUUUCUUACAGAGCCUUCAGGUGGCAGGGCCUAUCGAUAACCCAAUGCCAAAUAAGAAGCUGACCAUUGAGAAAAGUGGAACAAUGAACAUAUAUUUUGCUCUGGAUAUUUCUAAUAACAUUGUGGAAGAACAGUUUAACGAAGUAAGACGUGCAGUCCGGAAACUUACCACAAAGGUCAGUAGUUUUGCAGUCAAUCCCAAUUAUGAAAUAAUUAUAUUUGGUUCUGAAGUAUCAGAGAUUGUCAACAUAAUAGAUUAUUCUGGAAAAAAUAGAAAAAGCCUUGUGGAUGUCCUGACUGACUUGGAAAAUGUUAAGUAUGAUGCAAGAGAAAAUGUUGGGACCAACCUGAACCUUGCAUUUAAAACAAUCCUGGAGCGCAUGGCAACCCAAAAACAGCAAAAUGAAAUAUUAUUUAAGGAGCUUUACCAUGUCCUCAUCUUUUUCACAGAUGGUGCUUACAACAUGGGGGGUAACCCAGAAAACACGGUUGCUAAAAUCAGGGAAAUGGUCUACAUGAAUAGGAAAGAAAGAGAACGACAUCUUGAUAUCUAUGUUUUUGGUGUUGGAAAUGAAAUCUUUGAUGAAGGAAUUCAGCCACUUGUGACAAAACGGGAUGCGGUGACACACUACUUUAAACUAAGGAGGGGUACUAAAUUGGAAGAACUCUUUGAUCAAGCUAUUGAUGAAGAGAACGCUGUGGGUUUAUGCGGGAUCCACAGAAACUAUGACGAUAACACAGCAGAUUCCAUACUUCAAAGAUACCCCUGGGUGGCAAGGAUUGAAAUCAAGGAUGAGGAUACAUCCACUAUGCAUUUCUGUAUGGGUUCUCUGGUCACCCCCCGCUUCAUCUUGAGUGCUGCUCAAUGUUUCUUUUACACCAACUCGGAAAAGAAAAUCACGGUUAACAUUGGUAAAAAUGAAGGUGCGACCAGCCCCUCCUACAACAGCUUUUCCACCAAAUAUUUGCCAAUCUGCAUCCCUUGCACCAAAGAAACAAGUGCUGCUUUAAAACUGGUGGGAGGACAAAUAACCUGCAAGCAACAAGAAGAGCGUUUGUUAGUGAAAUCAUUUGAAGAAGUCAGUUUCCUGUCAUUUAUAAAGGAUGCAGAGAGGAGGGAUGUGCGGAGGGAUGCCAGACUUAAGCUUCAGGAUCAGAGGGACAGUUGUAUUGGAUUGGCUACAAAGAUAAAUGGCAUAACAGCAGACAAUGUGAAAAAACUUGUGACUGAUAACUUCCUGUGCUCUGGUGGGCGCCAUCCCACUGUAGAUCAUGUUACAUGCAGAGGUGAAUCAGGUGGUGCUGUGUUCAAGAACUAUGAUGACUACCGCACAAUCCAGGUUGGAGUUAUAAGCUGGGGCACCAAAUAUCUGUGUCCACAUGAUAGGAGAGCAGUCAAACAGGAUUCGGACGAUGACUCCAGAGAUUUCCACAUCAACCUCUUUAAAGUUGUGCCGUUUCUGAAGCAGCAUUUGGGGGAUGACACACAAGAUUUUGAACCACUACACUUUUUAGAUGAAUAGAUUAACUGUGCAAGGGGCACUUAUUGUUAUGUAGAGUGAAGAGUUGCCUUUCUAAGGAACUUUUCAAAAGAGGAGAGAGAAAUAAAACUACCAAAUAGUUUAGUCAGAACAUAUAGCCGGCAUUUAUUAAACAUUAAUUGUCAAACAGUAUGACCUUGUUUAUCUUUUCUUUCGCAAUGUCCUUUUAGUUGUGGAAAUUUGCAUUUCUUAGUUUUCAACCCUCUUGUUCCAUAUAAGUUGAGAAAAACAGAAAAUAAAAUGACCUCAGAGCUCUGAUGAAAUAACCCCAAAAUAAAAACCCAAAGUCCAUCUACCCCGGGUAGUAUGUUUUUUUUUUUUUUGCGUGGUGAGAUCUCGCGCUUAUCUACGGAAGAGGAUUAGUGCCAAGCAAUAAUAAAAAAAAUAAAACCAUCUCG